GUAGUCGAAUAGUAUGUACUUUUAGAACGAAUACAUUGUUUUAUUGAAAGAUCUAUUUUUGUCAGCGGCGGAUUACGGUUAGUCACAUUACAACCAUGACGUUUAUGGCGCCAGAAAUCAAGGUUUUGCUCAGGAGCCGUCGCGCGUUGUGUCAGCUGGAUUGUGAUUGUUUUUUUUCUCUUGGCGAUAUCCGAAAACACAAGACGUGAGCGAGUUUCUUUCCGUUGUUCGCGAUUGUAUGAGGUUGAAGAGGAGUCAAAAUGGUGAUACUACGCAGCAGCGGCUGUGUCGGAGCGGAGUCGGUGGCAACCACUCCGAAGAGGAGGACCCUCGAGUUGGAUACAAGCUCCGAGUUCCUGUCGCUGAUUCCCGGGUCACAGAAAAAGUCUACCCGCCUCACCCGCUCCUUUCGGUCUUUGAAUGACAGCUUUAGCAGCCCUGAAAACCCAUUGGCUAAUGGCCACACAAAACAAGAGGAGGGAGCUGAUCUCCAUCACUCUAUUAGAACCAGAGGACGGCGAGUGAAACAUGAAGUUUCUUACACUAACAUGGGACCAAAGACCAGCUCUCCUACAAAUGAAGACAAAGCUGAAGGCUACUGUACCAGAAAAUCUUCUAGACUGCAGAGAGAAGGUAAAGCCUCCAGUGGACAGCAGCAAGCAGAAGUUCCAGAUGAAGUUCCAGUUGAGGAAUCUUCCACUCCCAAGAGGAGUCGCUUUAACCUACAGAGCAGAGAUGGGAGGACGGAGGAGGAAGAGGAAGAAGAGGAAGAGGGCUCUGUGCGUCGAAGCUCCCGCAUCACCAGAUACAAACUCCAUUCCCAUAACCAGUCAGUGCUCUAUGACCGUCUCAUUACAAACACGGCUGAAGCUGUUCUGCAGAAAAUGGAUGACAUGCAAAAGAUGAGACGUCGACUGAGAAGCAGAGACACUAAAGAAGAGAAGCUGAGUGCGUACGGCAGUGGCAGAAUGAGACGGUCUCUUCGGUCAAAUACUGAGAGUAAAAAAUCUGAGGAGAAAGACCAAGGAGAAGAGGAGGAGGAGGAAGAUGGAGAAGGGGAUGAUGAAGAGGAGGAGGAGGAUGAAGAAGAAGAUGGAGAGGAAGAGGAAAACCAGAGACGUUACGACUUUAGACAGAGGAAAACUGUGGUUCGCUACCAGGCUCCACAGGAUGAACCCAGAGAGCCCAGGAAGCGCAGCAUGUACUUUAAGGACCACUCGCCCCCCACCAGACGGCGGUUCCGGUUCAGCUCCACGGCUCCCAGGAGCCCUUACAACAGGAGGAGAUCUAGCAGGAGUAGUUCUGAGAGGAGGAGACAUGCUAUCCACAGCAGCGACUCUACGUCUUCCUCCUCAGAUGAUGAGAUAUUUCAGAGGCGCAGGAUCAAGAGCAGGAGCAGACCAGUCAACAGAUGUCUUCCAAUGAACCUCAUUAAAGAAGACCUACUGGGGAUCCACAAAGACAGGAUGAAAAUUGGAGCGAGCCUCGCUGAUGUUGACCCCAUGCACAUAGACAGAACAGUGCGGUUUGACAGCAUCGGAGGUUUGAGCAGACACAUCCUAGCAUUGAAGGAGAUGGUGGUGUUUCCUCUUCUUUACCCAGAAGUCUUUGAGAGGUUCAAAAUACAGCCCCCCAGGGGCUGUCUCUUUUACGGGCCUCCAGGAACUGGAAAAACUCUGGUAGCCAGAGCGCUGGCUAAUGAGUGCAGUCAGGGGGAAAAGAAAGUGUCGUUCUUCAUGAGAAAAGGAGCUGACUGUCUGAGUAAAUGGGUGGGAGAAUCUGAGAGACAGUUGAGACUGCUGUUUGACCAGGCUUAUCAGAUGCGUCCAUCCAUCAUUUUCUUUGAUGAGAUAGACGGUUUGGCUCCAGUCAGGUCCAGUCGUCAGGAUCAGAUCCACAGCUCAAUUGUGUCUACCCUCUUGGCACUUAUGGAUGGGUUGGACAGCAGGGGGGAAGUUGUUGUUAUUGGAGCAACAAACAGACUGGACUCCAUCGAUCCAGCACUCAGGAGACCUGGACGCUUCGACAGAGAGUUUCUUUUUGGGCUCCCAGACAGAGACGCAAGAAAAGAAAUUCUGAAAAUCCACACCAGACAGUGGACUCCUCAACCUUCAGACACAUUCCUGGAGGAACUUGCAGAUAAAUGUGUUGGGUAUUGUGGGGCCGAUAUAAAGGCGGUGUGUUCGGAGGCCGCUCUUUGUGCGCUGCGGCGGCGCUACCCUCAGAUCUACUCCUCAACACAGAAACUUCUGUUGGACGUCGACUCCAUUGUCAUCACCAGCAAAGACUUUGUGUUCGCCAUGUCCAAAAUGGUGCCAGCUGCCCAAAGGGUAGUAGUGUCCCCUGCCAAAGCGUUGAUACCUGCUAUUCGUCCUCUGUUGGGAGCCACCCUGCAGAGCAUCCUGCUUCUAGUCAGGAAAGUGUUCCCGCAUGCUGAACAGGGUCUGAAGAGAAAGAGAGAACCAGAUGAGCCUUGUGAAGGCUUUGAGGAUGAUCUGAUGUUCAGUGAAGACGAGAGCUCUGAAGUCACUUCUGGAAAACUGACAUCUCAGCCUCAGCUCAAAAUCAAAGACGCAAACGGCCUCCUUAACCUCGACAGAAGUGCAUUCAGCCAGCCGAUGUCGUACCGGCCCCGGCUUUUGCUGGAGGGACGACCGGGCUCGGGUCAAAGCUCCCACCUGGCCCCUGCUGUUCUGCACGCUCUGGAAAAGUUCACUGUGUACACUCUGGACAUGGCUGUGCUUUUUGGAGCCAGUGCAUGUACACCUGAAGAAACCUGUGCUCAGGUUUUUGUUGAAGCCAAGCGGACCUCUCCCAGCAUCCUAUACAUUCCCUGCAUUGGACAGUGGUGGGAAACCGUUGGUCCUGCAUUAAGAGCGACCUUCUUAAGCCUCCUUAGCUCCAUCCCGGCCUUCUCUCCCAUUUUGCUGCUGGCUACCUGCAGUCUUGGUUACAAACAACUCAGUGUGGAGGUGCAAGAACUGUUUCGAGUUGAAUAUGGGGAGGUGUUUCAGGUCCGGGUCCCCACUCGGCAAGAGAGGUGGAACUUCUUUGAGGAUCUUAUCCUUCAUCAGGCUGCAAAAGCCCCAUCUACAAAAAAGAAAGCGGCGCUUCGUGCAUUAGAAGUGCUUCCAGUUGCUCCACCUCCACCCCCACGUCAGCUGACUAAAGAGGAAAGUAAGAAGUUAGAGGAGCAGGAAGAAGACACCCUUCGCGAGCUUCGCCUUUUCCUGCGCGAUGUCACAAACCGCCUGUCCCAAGAUAAACGUUUCAAGGCCUUCACCAGGCCCGUGGAUUUGGAGGAGGUUCCAGAUUAUGCUGAAGUGAUCAAGAGGCCCAUGGAUCUGUCCACAGUUCUCUCCAAAAUAGACCUCCAUCAGUAUGGAACUGUGAAAGAGUAUCUGGAGGAUGUGGAUCUCAUCUGGCAGAAUGCACUUGAGUACAACCCAGACAGGGACCCUUCAGAUCGCCAGAUCCGCCACAGAGCGUGUGCUCUGAAGGACACUGUCCAUGCAAUCAUUCAAGAAGAACUGGAUGAAGACUUUGAAAAGAUUUGCGAUGACAUCAAAGAGUCACGCAAAAGAAGAGGUUGCUCCACUACAGAGUUUGCUCCUACCUUCUACCAUGUUCUUCCCAAGCAGCCAAACGCUGCUGGCGAUGCCAAAAGCACCAACAUGGUCCAGAAAAGUGACACCGUUGGAUCCACCGUUGCAGUUGCUGCCAGUACAAGUUUUCCUGCUUGUACAACUCCUAAAAAUACAGUCCAGAAGAAAAGACGUCGGAAAAAUCGCUGGUCUAAUGGCUACAUUACAAAAAAGAAGUGUUCCAUUUCUCCUCAUGCUUCCAGAGAUAAUGGUUCUGAUGAAGAGGAAGAAGAUGCAGAUGAAGAGGAUGAGAUUGACAAGGGAGAAGGUGCAGAGCAAAACAGUGCAGAAGAGAAUCAAAACGUUGUGCAGUCAGGACCAGGAGCUUGCCCGGACAGUCAGUCUGGGCCAAAUGCAGAAGAGCAGGAUAAUGAGAAAAAGACGAAAGAGCGAGAAAAGAGGAAGCCCACAGACUCUGAUGCUCUGAGUGAAAAAGAGGAAUCAGAAAACCACAGCCAGAAUUUGACUGAAAAAGUCCAACAUCUGUGGGGACAGUCUAAGCGUGAAAAGAAAGAGGGAGGAGACGAAAACCAUAACAAUGCUAUAGAGAACACUAAUGAGAGUAGCUGCACAGGAACAGCGGGAGACACUAGAAUAAAAGAAAUUCAAAAUCUACCAGAGGCUCGUAAGGAGAAGACUGAAGAAGAGAAGAGCAAAGAAUCUGCUAGGCAGGAAUCAAAGCUGAACACUUCUGCUGAGCCGAUGGAUGCAGACGUGAUGGAAAUCUCCACUGCAGCUUCCAUGGGAGCCACAGAGUGUAGCACGAGACGAAUGACCAGGGCCCUUAAAAACAGCGUGCUCCAGCAGCAGGCAAUCAAUGUGGAUGAAGUGCUGCAGAUCCUGGAUGAAGAUACACCUCCUCUAGUCGUGGACAGAGAGAAGUUAAAGGAGCUAUUGGAGAAAGUUGUGGCAAAGACAGAGGACUAUGAGGUCUAUAAGUUGGAAAAACUCUAUGCUCUUCUCUGCCAGUGCAUCUACAGAAACAGAAAAGCCUACAACAAAACAACUCUUUUACAGGAGUUGGAAAAAGAAAUUCAAGACUUCUAUUGAGCUUUUGAUGUGAAAGUCAGCCAUUUUCAACAGUUAUCCUCACUGUUCCUUAAUCUUUCCCAAUUUAAAACACAAUUCUAUUUUUAUAGACAUUCAAGUCUGAACUUUAGCUUACAUUUUGCAUUACCUCAUGUGUUCAUAUGCAAGUACAACAAAUGGUUAUUCUACUUCAGUUUUAUUCUCACUGGCCUUUAUUAUAUGUGAAAUGGUUGAAUAAAUGUUUGUUACAGUUUUCCGGGAUACUUUUUUACAUCCCAGAUGAGAAAACAUAAUUGUCAGCUGAUGUUUUAUACAAAUAUUUUGCAUUAAUACUUUCUAGAAUAAAAAAUAAACAUAAUUUUUGUUUUAUUGUCUAUCUGUAUUUGUCAGUUUAAAUGUAAUGGAAAAAAUGAAAAAGGUAAAGUAGGUAUUUUAAAGUGUUGUAAAAAUAAAAUGAUUAAAGUCUUAUUGUAUAUUUCCAAA